AUUCACUAAACCUAUAGCAAGAACCUUAAUAAAUGCAAAGCUUUUAAUAUUUGCCAAACUUUGUAUUCAAUGCAGCAGCUACAUUUUCCCACCCACCUGCCAAAAAAGAAAAUAAUAAUAAUAAUAAUAAUCUCCAUCACUCUUUUUUUUCCAUCUUUCUCUGGCCAAUCCACACAUGGCCCUAACCCCUCUGAUCUUCACCAUCAAAUGUCAACCGCCGCCGCCCUUGCCGUCUUUCCUCCGCCGCCUCCCGUCCCUAUCCCCACUUAUAUCACCAGCCUCGGUCUUGGCUACUCCAUAGCCAUAGCUCUUGGUUUCCUCGUUCUCAUCUCCACCAUCAUCCUCUCUUCUUACAUCUGUUGCCGCGCCUCCCGCCUCCGCUUCUCCGCCGAAACGGAAAACGCAAACGCUUCUUUCGGCAACCGUAGCAUAAUUGUCCCACGGAUCAUAUUCGUAGCUGAAGACGACGAUCUCGAGUCAGCUGUUUCCGGAGGCGUUGUCGUUGGUGGACUUGAUCAACCAAUCAUCAACUCUUACCCAAAAUUCCGUUUCACUAAAGACAUCUCCCUCGCCGCCGGAGAUGGAUUUCAAGGCGUAGACGGCGAAGGAGGAGAUACGACGUGUUCGAUCUGUUUGUGUGAGUACAUGGAAGAAGAGAUGCUUAGGAUGAUGCCCGAGUGUAAACACUACUUUCAUGUUUUUUGUCUUGACGCGUGGCUUAAGCUCAAUGGAUCUUGUCCCGUUUGUCGGAAUUCUCCACUUCCGACACCGCAAUCUACGCCGCAGUCGACUCCGUUGUCUGAAGUUGUGCCGUUAUCGCAAUACGCCGCCGAUCGGAGGAGAACCAGAAGAUAAUAUUUGUCUUUGUUUAUUCCAUAUAUUGAAUUCAUUAAAAUAUCUUCUUCUUCUUCGUUUUUUGGUAAAUGAUUUCACUAUAACUGAAUUUAUAA